AUGCCGCCAGGACAGAAACUGUAUCCACGAGGUACCGUCAAAAAGAUCAUCAAAGCACACUCCGGCCGCAGCCUCAGCAAGAACGUCGAUAUCCUGAUGUUCCUCGACUAUGCCUUGUUUAUGCAGACACUUGUCAAGGAGGCAGCAAUCGAGGCAAAGCAGGGAGGAGAGAGAGGGAUCACAGCAAGGAGCGUCAGGAAGGUCACUGGGGAUGCACUCGCCAAGUUCAAGGGAUGA